UUGGCAUGUACACUUGUCGUGCGGCUCCGCCCUCUCAACGCUGCUCUACCAGAGACCCUGAAACCCCGCGGCUAGCUCCACCCAAGAGCAGCGAACUUUGUACGCAUGCGUAUGUGAGCCACCUAAAGUGCAUAAAUGUCUCUCUAGGCCUCCUGGAGCCCGUAAGCACCAGACAAUUAACUCCGCCUCCUCGGCUUGGUGAAACUACUGCGCAUGCGUCGGCCUUCCAGCUCCCCCCGCUAGGAAGUACUAAGGCUAGUCGGCCAGGAGCCAUCUUGACAGUCUCGCUAAGAAUGAUGGGAUUCGGGGGCGGGGCUGGCAGGGCAAGAUGGCGGCGCCCAUGGAAGUGGUGGUGUGUACAGACUCCGCGGCACCGCUAUGGAGCUGUAUGGUGUGGGAGCUUCAUUCGGGCGCCAACCUGCUCACCUAUCGAGGCGGCCAAGCGGGGCCGCGAGGCCUGGCGCUACUCAAUGGCGAGUACCUGCUGGCGGCACAGCAGGGCAAGAACUACAUCUGCGCUUGGGAGCUGCAGCGCAAGGUGCGGGGCCUCAGCGUCCGCGGAGCAGCCGAGAGUACUCCGGCGCGCCAAGAUUAGAGUUCCGGCGAUCCUGGGGUGGUGUGUGAUUCGGAAGUACUCGGAGGCCGAGGGUUUUUCCCCCCAGGGGCUUGGCGCUAAGGGGCCCGGGAGAUUUCUUCGCGCAUGCUCAGAUGAAGAUCUAUGGCUUUUGCACACUUGCAGUGACCAGCUUCAACAGAAAAUCAUGUGUCCUGGGCCUGUCACCUGUCUAACCACGGCACCUAACGGCUUGUAUGUUCUGGCAGGAAUUGCAGAGAGCAUUUACCUGUGGGAGGUCUCCACGGGGAACCUCCUGGUCAUCCUCAGCCGUCACUACCAGGAUGUGUCGUGCCUGAAGUUCACAGGUGACGGCAGCCACUUUGUCUCUGCAGGCAAGGACUGCCUGGUGCUGGCUUGGAGCCUCUGCAGUGUGCUACAGGCAGACCCGUCCAGGAUCCUUGCCCCAAGACACGUCUGGUCCCAGCACACGCUCCCAAUCACAGACCUGCACUGCGGCUUUGGGGGCCCCAUGGCCCGGGUGGCCACCGCUUCACUGGACCAGACCAUGAAGCUCUGGGCCAUCUCCUCGGGAGACCUGCUGCUGUCUGUCUUGUUUGACAUGGGCAUCACGUCUGUGACCAUGGACCUGGCCGAACACCACAUAUUCUGUGGGGGCAGUGAUGGCUCCAUCUUCCAGGUGGACCUGUGCAGCCGGCCCGGACCGAGGGAGCAGAGCUUCCAGCCCGAGCAGAACACAGGGAAGGUUUUCAAAGGACACAGGAACCAAGUGACAUGCCUGUCGGUGUCAACAGACGGCAGCAUCCUGCUCUCCGGCUCCCAUGACGAGUCAGUGCGGCUGUGGGAUGUGAAGAGCAAGCAGUGCGUGCGCACAGUCCCCCUCAAAGGCCCAGUGACCAAUGCAGCCAUCACACUGGCCCCGCCCAGCAUGCUGAACCCUGAGUUCAGGCCCAGCCUGCCCCUGCCCCACUUCAACAAGCACCUGCUGGGUGCUGAGCACGGAGACGAAGCUCAGGGUGGGGGCCUGCGCCUGCAGCUGGGGCUCCACCUGCAGGGCAAAGAACCUAGCUACCUGGAGCGCCUGGAGCAGCUGCAGGCCGCAUUGUCCGGCUAUCUGGAGAAGAACAUGCUAGGCAGCCAGAUGCUGCCCGUGCGUGUGUUUGAGCUGGAAGAGGAAGUUCGUAGCCUGCGCAAGAUCAACCGGGACCUGUUUGACUUCUCCACACGCAUCAUCACACGGCCCUCUAAGUGAUGCACACUGGGCAGCUGCCACACUUGCUGCGGGGCUGUGAUCUUGUGUUUUAACAAAGGAUGGACUAAGA